AUGCACUGCGUCGUCAUUUUGCUUACGGCGAUAACACUGGUGCAUUCUUCCGGAUUCUACACUGACAACGGCGUUGACCAGACUGUCCGCGAGAAGAGUGCCACACCGCACGAACAAGAGGAGAUCGAGCACGAAUUACUCGAACUGCUUGGGCUUCCCGACCGGCCGAACAAAACGCACGUUCAUCCGUCGCUCAGGAAAUCAGCACCACAGUUUCUGCUCAACAUCUACCACAAGUUCGACGAAGAAAGUAAUGACGUCCCGAGGCGAAGGCGAAAGCGAUCCGCGGCCAUCGGCGGUAACAGCCUUUUGACGAUCGCGGACGAACGAGCCAUCGGUGAGAGUGACAUCAUAAUGUCGUUUCUUAACAAGGCCGACAGACACUUGCCGAAAAUACGCCACCAUCACCGUCGGCUGUGGUUCGACACCACCGAAAUUGCGGCCGGUAUCGAUAACCAGCUGUUGUACGCCAGUUUGCGAAUCUACAAAAAUCGGAGCGCUAUCCGGCCGCUGGAUGUACUCACACGCGGCAGGCAGAUCACGGUGCGCGUAUCGCUGAUAAGGGGCUACGAUGCGGCAAAGGAGCGGCACCGGUUGGAAUACGUUGCGGACCACUCCGUUCCGUACAACUACGAAGGAUGGGUUGAGAUAAACGCCACGAAGGCACUGCACCGGUGGGUAGUGGACGGUGUCGGCAACAAGGGCGUCUUCGUGGAGGUCUACUACGCGGAGAGUUCGCAUGUGAUAGUACUGCCGCACGAAGUCGGGUUAAUUUUAUCCAACAAAUUCGGCCUCUAUCAACCGUUUCUGGUGGGCUACUGGAAAGGUCCGGAGCUACUGAAGCAGACGGUAGACGCUGGGAAUGCUGCUGCUCCUGCUGGUCAACGAUCGAAACGGAGCCUCAAGCACAAAAGUGCAGCCAAGCGAACGGAGCGUCCUUCGGCCCACGAUCUAUUUCGCCAAUGGCCCAGCGGGCCUCGUGCUCUUAGAAGACAAGGCUGCCAGAUACGCACACUGUACGUGAGUUUUCGGCAGCUCAACUGGCAUGAUUGGAUCAUUGCCCCGGAUGGGUUCGGGGCGUUCUUCUGCUACGGGGAGUGCAACUUCCCGCUGAACGCGCAAAUGAACGCCACGAACCAUGCGCUGAUCCAAACGCUGGUCCACCUGAUUCGUCCGAAUCGCGUACCGAAACCGUGCUGUGCUCCGACGAAACUGAACCCCAUCUCGGUGCUGUAUCACAUCGACGAUGCGAACAUUAAUCUGAAAAGGUACAAAAAUAUGGUAGUGAAACGAUGUGGCUGUCUGUGA